AGCGGGCCAUCCUGCAGUUUUUGUGUGGUGUUUUGAUGUCCUUUUUUUGCUACAAGAUGACUUUGGCGAUGAUGGUAAAUCUCGUCGUGACGAAGGUGUCUGUCCGCUUGACGGAUUGUGUGGAAACGAGAACGAUUAUUAUAUGCACUGGAUUGACGCUGAAUACGAUGCUUCUUUUGGCACAGAACCUUGUCUGUUUAAGUAUUUCAUUAUUAUUUGUGUGUGAAUACGCAAUUCCUAUUCUACGCCAACUUCUACUGUGAAUAUUUGGUAACAUAUAAUUUGAUGCAGAAACUUGGUCAGGAUAUUAUAAACAAUGGGUAACAAAAACUGGUUUCCCAGCUUCGUCUGAAAUUACUUAUGGAGAUCUUCACACAUAAUCAGUACUUUUGUUUACAAUUAAAGUUUAAUUCCUUUAAGUACAUAUGUAUGUACGUAAAUACACCAAUUCAUAUUCGUAUGUACAGCUGGAAAAAUUUACAGUAUACACGUGUCCAAAAUAUCGCAAUUAUGUGAAGAUAGAUAUUUCAGAAACACAGAUUCUGGAAGCGUUAGGAAAUAUAGCGUAACUUUGUGCCACUAGUAUUUUGCCUUUGGGGAUUUCAAUCCUGUAAAUUUUUAAAAUAGUGUUAACCAAGAAUGUGCGAUUUUUAGCUCAGUUUUACAAAAUGUACAGAUUCAUUCACUUGUUUUGGACGCCGUAAAGUGUGAAAAAUCUGUGAAAUUACAUAUGCCUAAAUAGUAUCAAGUUUCCUGUGACAAAGAGACGCCUGUGUGAAACACUCAUUCGACUGAUGAAUAUAAAAGCCACGCCACGCCAUGAAAGAAACCAGCCUAAUGACAAACCGUACCACUUUGGAGGACAAACCCCUCAUCCUCCUAGAAGACUACCCACCCUUAGAAUGGACAUUAUCCAGAACCGUGAAGUCCACGAUUUUCGGAUUGAUCAUAAUUCUCACAAUUUUAGGAAACUUACUCGCCUUAUGGGUAUUUUUCCGGUAUCGGAAACAAUUGAGGUCACCGACCCACUACUUUUUAGCGAACUUAGCCCUGGCCGACUUAUUCGUCGGGGUGUUCUCACUCCCUUAUCUGGCAGUAUUUAGCGUCACGCUGAGAUGGUAUUUCGGCCGAGAAUGGUGUUAUUACUGGACUUUGGGACAUUAUUGGUUUUGUUCGAGUUCCAUCCUUUCAACGUUAGGAGUUUGUAUCGAGAGAUUCGUGGGAGUGAGGAACCCUCUAAAACAUUUGAGUGUCAUGAAUAAGAGAACCAUUUUCAAAAUGAUGGCGGGAAUAUGGAUCCUGGCGGGAAUGUUGAGUGUAGGUCCGUUCCUGAUUUGGCUAGAAAGACCAACAAAUGACGCGUUGAGGUGUAUAAUUAAUUUGACGAAGGGACACGUGAUUGUGGCGUCGGUGGGAAUUUUUCAUAUUCCGGCGGGAAUUAUGGUCGUGCUGUACUAUUUGAUUUACAGGGCUGCCACCGCCCCGCUAAAAACCAUCGGAGAGAGUACCGCAAGUAAUCAAAACACUGGCGCCCAACGCAGCAAACAAGUCCGUCUCGCGAAAAAAUUGUCAUUUUUGGUCGGAUUUUUAAUAAUUUCGUACCUUCCGAUGUUCACAAUGUUGCUAAUUCUCGGCUUCGAUAGGAACUUUAUCCCCCUCGAAGUUUACCUUCUCGCCGCUUGGCUGCGAUAUUUCAACAGUUGUGCGAACCCAAUCGUGUACAUUUUCUCGGCUCCCGGCUACAAGAAGGCGUUCAAAGCAAUGUUCUACUCCGACCAAAAUCCACCACGUGAUGGGACAAAUUCUUCCGUGUAUUUUUCGAGUAAUCAGAAUAUAAGGACGACUGAGGACAAAUGACCGGUGGGAAAGUUAUGGAACGCAUAUCCUGUAAUGCAAAUAAGUAAAAAGUGACAAGAUGUGAUGAGAUAAGCUGUAAAGUAAUUUAUGGAUGACACGCAGUACAAAAAAAAUCUGGAAAAAUACUUAAACUUUUUGAAACGUGUCUUAAUUUUUUUGCGGAUUUAUGCCUACCAAAUUUUCCAGAGAUCUACAUAUGUACAUAAUCUUAUUUUACCUAUGUCCAUACUUACGACCUGGUCUUUCGAAAAGCUAAAUAAAUAUGUACAUACAUAUAUGUGUGUAAUUGACAUUAAAUAAAUUAUAAUAUUCUUUUACAAUCUUUGAAAAUUAGAAUAAAAAUUAAGGUCGUUUUAAACAUAUAUGCAAUUUUA